UUUGGUACUAUAUACAAAGCUAUUUGGUUUUAUGAUGGUAAAGAUAAUGAAAUAAUUCUUAAAUGUUAUGAUAAUUUAAGUGAAAAUUUAAAUGAAUUUUUAAACGAAUGGAAAUAUCAUGAAAGUUGUUUAAAUUCAGAUGAUAUUAUUUAUUUUUAUGGGUUUACAAAAGAUCCAGAUACUUUGAAAUAUAUGGCGGUAAUGGAUUAUGCAAACAAAGGUAAUUUAAGAGGAAACUUAACAAGAAUAAUUAAAAGUGAUUGGAAUCAAAAAUUAUAUAUGUUAUAUAAAAUUAUUUCUGGACUUAAUUUUAUACAUAGCCAAGAUCUUGUUCAUUGUGAUUUUCAUGAUGGUAAUAUUUUAAAUCAUAAUGAGAGUAAAAUUUAUAUUAGUGAUUUAGGAUUAUGUAAACCUGUAAAAUCAUUUUUGAAAGAAUAUGAUAUUUGUGGUGUUAUACCAUUUAUGGCACCUGAAGUUUUAAGAGGCAAAUCCUAUACUCCAGCUAGUGAUAUGUAUAGUUUUUCUAUAAUUAUGUGGGAAUUUACAUCUGGGAUACCACCAUUUAGUAAUAGAGCACAUGAUUUUCAACUUAGUAUAAGUAUUUGCAAAGGUGAACGUCCUGAAAUUAUUGAAAAUACUCCACAAUGUUAUGCAGACUUAAUGAAAAAAUGUUGGAAUGAAGAUCCAUUAAAAAGACCAUCUACAUCAGAAGUGAAUGGUAUUAUUGAAGAUUGGAUUUUCCGUCCUUAUAAUGAUGAAGUUAGUGAAGAAAUAAAAAGCAACAUUAUGGAAUUUAUAAAUGCACCAAUUGAGCAUAAAAAUCUUGUUACUACUAAAUCUCACCCUAAAGCAUGUUAUACAAGUCGCUUACUUGAUUUUACUAGUAAACAAUUGAAUGAAAUUCUUGAAAGUGAAGAUUCACAAGCUAGUGUAAAAGUGAAUGAAAUGUCAGUAAGUAAAGAUUUAGAUGAUUGUAUAGUUAAUUUGAAGUAA